AAUCUAAAGAGACAAAACUGACAAACUUUGCUAAUCUUGCUUAAAUGUUUUAAAUUAAACAGUCRGAUGCUGAAUAUUUAUUGCACAAUGGAAGUUUUUCAUAAAUUACUUCUGUUAUCGUUAACAUUGCCACUGUAUAUUUUAAUGUAAUUUAGAGUCAUUUUAUAGAUUUAAAAAAGAGCAAGUGUGGCACUGAUUCAGGACAAUGGUCACCUUUUUGCCAAGAAAAGGUGGAGCUGAUUUAUGGACCAAACAGUAGAACUGUUAUUAUAACUAACAGCAAACAUUAAUGAGGGAGCUUACAGGAAAAACAUGUAAUCUUGUUUAAAAGCAUGUAAUCUUGUUUAAAAGAUGUUUAACUACAUAUUUGCUUACCACGUUUCUAAUUAAAAAAAAUAUCUGAUCUCAACCAAGGAGGAUUUUACGACUUAUUUAAUGUGUAUUUACUACAGGUGCUGCUUUUAUUCACGCUGAUUGUAAUAAAAUCAAAUGUUGACUUGUUUUAUGACAGAAAGUUGUGCUUAAAUGUUAACUGGCAGAAAACAUCUGUGUCAGUUACAGCUAGUAAAUAUACAUUUCAUAAAAAUGUCACCUUUUAAUCAGUUUUAUAUGGCCACAGGUUUUCUGGUUCCAUCCAGAAUAUGUCCCUUCCAUCGAUGAAUGAUCACUACCACCAACCAGAUCUGCUCUGGACGUGAGUGCACCACAGUGAUUUAAUGUACCCAAGGUUGAAACCUGUUUGGAACAUGGAGCUGUGGAAUAACACAGACCUGACAGGAAAGUCGGGCUCAUUUAUCUCUAACUGCACCGUGGACACCAGCUACCGCUUCACCUUCUACCAAGUGUCUUACAGCAUCAUCUUCCUGCUGGGACUGGCCACCAACGGCCUGGCUCUACACAGACUCUGCUCAUCAUCCUGCACCAUGAACAGCACAGCUAUUUACAUGCUCAGUCUGUCCUCAGCCGACUUGGUUUUUGUCAUCUCUCUACCCAUGAGGAUCUACUACUACCACCAAAGAGCUGCAAUUUGGCCUUCCAAGACGGGCGACUGGACCCCGGGAGCAGCGUUCUGCCAGAUCACCUUCAUGCUCAAGUACAUCAGUUUGUACGGAGGCAUCUUCUUCCUGGUGUGCAUCGCUGUGGAUCGCUACCUGGCUGUGGUGCACCCUCUGGCGCCGACGCUCCGCAGGCUGCGAGCUGCGCAGGUGGUAAGCGGGGGGAUCUGGUGCUUGGUGCUGGGGCUCAGCGUGAGCCUGCCUUUGCUACGUUUGGCUGCGUCUCGUCAAAACCAGCCCUGCAUGCUGGACCCGACCUCGAGGCGCCACCGAGCCUUCAUCCUGGCAGCGCUGGCUUUAGUUCUGGGCUCCUUUCUGCUGCCUACUUUAUUGCUCCUCUACAGUUACUGCAAAGUCCUGAGCGUGCUUCGCCACACCCGACAACGCUGCCGCGGCCACCGGCGAAAACAAACCCUCCGAGUCAUUUACUGGGUGCUGGGCGUCUACCUGCUUUGCUUCUUGCCCUAUCACAUCAACCUGUUGGGAUACACCCUCACACACAUGAAACUGCUGCCCCACUGCGGCCUGGCAAAGCUGACAAAGACCGUGCACCCCGUGGUGAUGUCACUCGCCAGUUUCAACUGCUGCCUCAAUCCACUCAUCUACUAUUUCUCCAGCAGCCUGGUGCACAGAGAAGCUCCCAGAGGGGGGAUCAGUCACAGGUACUAAAAAUCAUUUCCCUCUAUUACUGGAAAAAUAUAUUUUUAUUCAAAACUGAAGCCUCGUGCAAAAAGAAUCUGAACUUUUUUGAUGUAACUAAAUUAUCCAUGUUUUUCCUUUUUUUUAAAUCUGAGAUCUUAUUGAGUUCAUGUGUGAUCUUUUUGAGCAUAAAGAAGUUAAAAAAGUU